AUGCCUGCAUACUCCGGUGUGUCCAACGAGUACUGCAGAAGCACCAGCGAGGCCCCCACCGACGCGAUCGAUGUCGAUCCCCUGGCUCCAUCGAACGGCCCAACGACGAAGGACGACGCACAGCCCACGGUUCCGGUCUCUCUCGACGACCGCGAAGUCGAUGUCCCUGUCGUCGGCUCCACCCCGAACUCCAUGGAUGUCGACGCUCCCGUCCGUGCUCGCCGCGCGCACUUCCUCCCGUCUUCCUCCGCCAACGCCAACAUUCUGCGGGAGGCCUUCCAAACCUCCGGUGGCCGCCCCCCGUCUGACGGCACGACGGACGUCGCAGAGGUAGUGCCCUACCCGCACAGGCCGCACUCGGACUCGUCGCCGCUGUUGCUAUUGACGUACGCCUCCGAGCCGACCCAGCGUGUGAUCCAGGACAUGCGCAAGCAGCGGAUGAGCCUCUGCUGGAGCCUCUUUGCUCACCACGCGAUCACCCAGGGCUCUUCGAUGGUUCAAGUCGACGAGGAGAAGCGGCACGGCAGGCGAAGCAACGCGCGCGCGCAUCCACAUUCGCAUCCUCAUGGGACCGUCUCCUCCAGCCCCUCACGGCCGCAGCCCAUGGCCCGCCCUCACCGCCCGGAUUCAACCUGGGCACGCGCAACGCAACGCGCCCUCCACCGCCUCACAUCGCCGUUUGCGCCCAACGCAGCGGAUCCCGCGCACUCCGCGAACCCGGCGCUGAGUCACAAGCCGCUACAAUCGUGCCACGCCCUCCUCAACGAUCUGUUCCUGCUUGCGUCCUCCUGCCCUAUCCGCACGCUCUACAUCAAGGGACCAACUUUCAUCGUCAAAGCCAUUCGGGCCUGUGCACCUCUCCCUCGAAUAUUCGACGUUGGCGUUAUGGCGCGGGGCAUCGUCCGCGUCAUGGGCCGCGCCUGCACUCUGCAGAUCGAGUGCCUAGAAGCGACUCUCAUCGCCGGCUACCACGCGGCCACUCCCGCGGACGUCGACACCCCUGCAAUCGUCGACGGCCUCGUCGCCGCCGUCGGGAGCCUCCCCGCGCUCCGGGUGCUCGCCGUCAGCGUCUUGUGCCAUCUCCUCGCGGACCCCCCAUGCGCGGCCGAGGCGUUCAUGCGCGCCCUCGACCUGGACGCGUUCGCGCACCGGCUGUGCGUCGUAUGCCCCACCCUGCAGACGGUCUUCGUUCUGCUCAGCGGGGUACGCGGGCGCGCGAACGAGCGUAUGCAGCUUGGACCGCAGUGCACGGAGUUUGAUCUGUAUGCGGAUAGGAAGGACAAACCCGGACACCGGGGUACGGAGGCGGUGGGGGACGAAAUUUCUGCAGAACCAUGCGACGUGGAGCGUGAGGCUGGGGAGGUUUCCAGCGAGGGUGCUGUGCAGGAUGAGUUGCGGUCCUCACGAGGGUGGGGACGGUGA